AUGACAAAAGAAAAAUUAAUUAAACUAAAAGUGAAUGUUAAUCGAUUUUUAUCUAUAAAUGAAUUUUAUUUGACAACAAUUGAAAAACCAACUCAUAUUCUAGAGCAAUCAGAAUCAGCAGACAUGGAAUGUGUUUUAUUCCAAAUCGAUAUUGAUACAAGCACGGAAACGAUUCAUUCUUAUACCAUAAUUAAUAGUUAUAGAUCAGAAAUAUUAUUUACAUUUGGAACAGUAUUUCAGAUACAUUCAGUUGCAUUGGAUACAAAUACUCAUAUAUGGAAUGUUAAAUUGGUCAUAAAUAAAGAAGUAGAAAAUCAAGUUAUAGAUUUGAUCGGUCAAUUAAGAGAUAAAUUUGGUUAUCCAUUUGAUUUUAUGACAAUGGGAGACCUGAUGGAUGACCUAGAAGAAUAUAAUAAAGCAAUCGAAUUUUAUAGAAUAUUUUUAAAUGAAACAUCUGAAGAUGAUGAAUAUAUUCCAAUGGCUUAUAAGCAUCUUGGGCUUAGUUAUUAUAAUAAUGCAUCCUAUACAGAAGCACUCGAAAAUUAUUACAAAACAUUGAUGCUUUAUCGGUCUCGAUCCAUUUCACCACAUGAUAAACUGUUUGUUGAUAUAUAUAGACAUAUUGGGUUCGCAUAUUCUGCUCGACAUCAGUAUGCAAUAGCAAUCGACUAUUACAAAGAAGCGGUUCGAAUUCAGAAAACACAUUUGUCAUACAUGAGUACGACGGAUUUCACCCACGUUAUUGGUAUGGCGUACUCUGAAAUCGGUGAUAAACAAAAAGCUCUUGACUAUUUAAGUAGAACAGCAUUGAUAAAACAUGAAGAUUCGCCGUUUAUGAUGCUGUCCGAUGAUCCGUCGUUUAAAAAGACAAUCGAUUAUACCACUGCACUUGAGAGUUUUCAAAAAGUGUUAACACAUUUAUUAAACAAUAAGUCUUCAGAAACACAGCAAUUUGAUUAUGAUAUUGCAACGUUACAUUAUAAAAUCGGUGAAAUUUAUUUUAAAAUGGAAAAGUACGAGGAAGCAUUGAAUCAAUUUAAAAAUGGUGUUGAUAUUUAUUUAAAUCUAUUUCCAUUAACUCUUUCUAAUCUUGUAAGAAACUAUGAUACAAUAACAGAUACGUCAAUUCUAAUUUUACAGAAUUAUCUUUCUGAACAUGAAUUUCAUUUUCGAAUGAUACCACUUCGUUAUUCAUUACUUGCUAAAACUUAUGAUUAUAUGGCAACAACUUAUUUUUUAGACUCCGAACAUAUUGAAACUACUUUGAGUAUAUAUAAAUUGUCUACUGCAGUUGAAUCGAUUCAACAAGAUUAUUAA